AUGUUCGGAGAGCCAGUAUCUGACAGUCUCCGCGCACGCAGCCCGUGGGAUCCCUUUCUCCCUACCCCGCCCACCGACUCGCCCCCCGAAGCGAUCAAAUGCCUCCGGAAUGGUAUCCCCAAGUUGGUUCCAGAGGUGGAGGAGGGAAAUAUCGAGUACAAGCUCAAGCUGACCAACAUAUCUGCCGCCCGCUUCGCCCGCCUGGUCACCCAGCUCAAGUGGCGUCUACUCGAGGGUGGAGGCCAAGCCUAUUACGAACUCGGUGUCGCCGAUUCUGGCGCGCUCAUCGGCCUCUCGCGCGCCGACCUGGAAGAGUCCCUCGAAACACUCGAGAUGAUGGCGGGCGAAAUCGGAGCCUCCGUCAUCGUCGUGAAAGAGAUUGAGGUCCCACCGAUAAUGGUUGCGCUAGCCGACGAAAGCACAGGGUAUCUCGACCCCGCUACGGGCGACUGGACUGGGAAGAUGCGCAAGAAAGUCGCUGUCCUUACAGACGAGGGCACCACGGAGGCCGACACGGAGCUCUCCACCACGGACGUGACUGACUCGGAUGAGCCUCCUUCCCUCUCGAAUCCCAGCACCCCGGCGGACCCUGCGUACGCUGCGCCCGUUCCAUGCUAUACCAGCAUAUAUUCCCAGUGCCGGUCUGUGUCUAAUCCUGACCGCCCGACGGCGCAGUCCUCCCCUUCUAUCGCACCCAUAGACGACGAUCUGGCAUUGUUUUCUAUGGAGCCGGAGCCCGCGUUCAGCGUUGACGCUGACGACGAUGUCUCGGACUCGGACGUGGGUCCUUCCCCGUUCUUGGUGGACCUAGAGAUUGCGUCGGUCUACAAGCCGCGACCCGUGCGUGUGCGCACGCAUACUUCUGUGGUUAGUGUGUCAUCGCCGCUUCACGCUUCUGCGUACAGCAGCCACGGGAAGCGUCACAAAUUCAAGGAGAAGGAGAAGAAGCACCAACCCUGGCGUUCACAACCUCCUCAAAGCGACGGCGCUCUUUGUGGGAAUGUCGUGAGGGAGGAGAUACCGAAUACACCGGAGUCGAAAGCGGCGAAGCGGCGUCUAAUGCGUGACCGUAGAAGAGAGGAGAGGAAAGUGCUCGUCGGGGAAUCGGAGGUGGACAAUGAGUUUAUGCAGGUCGUCGCCAUCAAGGAGACGGUAUCUGUCGCUUUGCAGAGCGAGGUUCUCGAGGACGGAGACCUGACCAUAGCAGCAACAGAAGCCGUUAUAUCUGUAGCGGCUAUUGGGAAAGAGGACGACAAGGAUACCGCAGAGCUGGUCUCGGGGUUGGAUGCGCUUCACGUCGCAGUCCAGACUUCCACCGCUAUUGUGGACCAUGUUGCGAAAGCUGGAGAUGGUGAGGAGGUGCCCGAAGAGAAAGAGCUGGAGCCGCGGUUGAUCGUCGAGGCACUGGUCGUGCGUAAGUCGUCGAUCGAGGAGGCAUUUCUUGACUUUGGCGGAUUUUCUCUCGUGGCAAAUACCCUGUAG